AUGGCUGAAACUGUUGUAGUAACUACAACUACUGAAGAAAAAUCCACACCACCAGCACCAGCACCAGCCGCAGAAGCACCUCCACAACCCACAAAAAUGGCAGACAAAACAGCUGCAUCAGAAGCACCGCCACCACCACCAGGCCCAGAAGCACUAAUUAAUGCAAAAACCAUUUCAGGCUUAAUAACAAUGUUGUCCUUCAUUCUGUCUCUUCCGAUUCUCGCCUCAGUCAUAUGGCUUCUCUACAUGAGAGACUCCGACUGCGAGAGCCUCUUGAGGCUUCCAAAACUGCAAUUUGGGAUCGGCAUUGCGUUGAUCUUCAUGUUCAUCAUCUCCAUCGCCGCCUUGUUCUUGCGACGGCGGUUUCCGAUGCCGGCUUUCCUCCUGGUUAUUGUGCCGUUGCUGGUGAUGCUCGUUGUUGGAUUGGCUCUUGUGGGGGCUUAUGAUAUGGAGAGUAGGAGAAUUCCUGCUUCUCCCAAGUGGUUGAGGUCGAAGGUUCAAGAUGAUCUGAAUUGGAACCAUAUCAAAACCUGCAUUUAUGAUACAAGAACUUGUGACGACUUGUUUUCAAGAUCAAUCACCUUUAAACCUUAUGAUUUUAGUAUGAGCAAGUUAACUUCCAUUGAGGCCGGAUGUUGCAAGCCACCAUCAAUCUGUGGGAUGGAGUUUGUGAAUGCAACCUUUUGGAGGAAAGACGAUGCAGCCAUGAAAAACUCAGCUCCAUGUGAUAGAGAUUGUGAUAUAUGGACAAAUGACAGAACCAUUUUGUGCUACAGUUGCCGGGCUUGCAAAGAAGGAUUUCUCAAAACUUUGAGAAGCAAAUGGUGGAAGCUUGGCCUCUUCAUGGUUUUAAUUGCUUUAUUGCUCAUUGUUUCUCAUUUGUUGCUCUUCGUUACCACCAUGUUGGAGCGUUUUGGAGAUUAG